ACUUAAAGAUCAAGCAACGGCUUCCCCCGCGCCCGGAAGAGAAAAAAAUUGGUAACUAAUUCCGGGCUUCUUAGAUCGCUCACACGCAAAGCCCUAUGAUACCACUACUGCGGCCAACCCUCCCCUCGUCCCCCUCCCCACAUGCCGCCUUCUCGGCAUUGUCACCUAGCCCAUAUAAUCGACUGAAUCCCCACACUCAGAACACACUCCCAAACCAGACAGAAACACCACAAUGACCGCCAGCAAAACCACCAUCACGAACAGAUCCCUAGCCCCCGGACGGUGCCCUACACCACAGUAUGAAACUGUCACCAAGCAGCCCGAGAACCCCUUCUUCUCCCUGAUCGCCGGCCAACGAAUCGCGAUCAUCCCAGAGUUCACACUAGAGUCAGGGGAAAGCCUCUCGAAUGUCCCAGUCGCCUACAAGACCUGGGGAAGACUCAACGAUGCCGGCGAUAAUGUCAUGGUGAUAUGCCAUGCGCUCUCCGGCAGCGCGGAUGUUGCGGAUUGGUGGGGCCCGCUCAUCGGGAAUGGGAAGGCGUUUGAUACCAGCCGGUUCUUUGUCAUUUGCUUCAAUACCCUCGGUAGUCCGUACGGCAGUGCGUCGCCCGUCACGAUAGAUCCUCAUACCGGAAACUAUUAUGGCCCCGAGUUCCCGCUGUGUACCAUCAGAGAUGAUGUCAACAUCCACCAGCUCGUCCUUCAAGACCUGGGCGUGAAACAGGUUGCGAUCGUUAUCGGUGGUUCCAUGGGUGGAAUGCAAGUUCUCGAGUGGGCCUAUUUCGGGAAGGACUAUGUCAGGGCGAUCGUACCGCUUGCCACCAGUGCCCGACAUUCAGCGUGGUGCAUUUCGUGGGGUGAAGCACAGAGACAGAGUAUCUCCGUCGACCCGAAAUAUGAUGACGGCUACUAUCCCUUUGACGACCCUCCGGUGACGGGACUUGGCGCGGCACGCAUGAGUGCGUUACUCACAUACCGAAGUCGCAAUUCCUUCGAGUCACGAUUCGGCAGAAACACUCCGGACCCAAAGCGCCAUCCCUACGUAAACACACACCUCGAGGCUCGCCGGAACCCGUGCACCCCGAGUGAAGAGCACUGGUCGAUCCACACCGAUGGCUUCAAAAACACCAGAAAGCUAUCCUCACGGCGAACAUCCGUUACCUCCUCACCGACAACCGCCUCACCGACAACCGAGACAGCGCCAGAGAUUCCAAAGGAAUCUACACCGCCUUCCUCGUCCAAUGGAAACCCCCCCGCAAACCCCGAGACUCCGAAGGAAUCUACACCACCUUCGACGUCCAAUGGACACCGCCCCACAAACGGCUCGAGGCGAUCCUCGCUCAGCGGCCACGGCAAUGGUAGAGCAAACCAUUAUUUCUCCGCUCAAACUUACCUGCGCUACCAGGGCGACAAGUUCGUCAAGCGCUUCGACGCAAACUGCUACAUCGCCAUCACGCGCAAGCUAGACACACACGACGUAUCUCGUGGACGUGUAGAGAAUAACGAUAUCCACGCCGCGCUGCGGCUCAUUGAGCAGCCCACGCUUGUAAUCGGUAUCGAGAGCGACGGACUGUUUACGUACGCUGAACAGCAGGAGUUAGCGGAGUGUAUUCCUAACGCGAGGUUGGCCACAAUCGACUCUCCCGAGGGCCACGAUGCGUUCUUGCUGCAGUUUGAGGAGGUCAAUAGUCAUAUCUUGGGCUUCUUGAAGGAGGUGCUGCCGGAUAUUAUGGAGAAGCCGGGAAGUGAGCUGCAUAGUGUCGUUGAGGUUGAUGAGGAGGAGGGAGUCGUGAAGGCGAGUGUUGGAGAGGUCGAUGAUAUCACUGCAUGGUAGAUAGAUAGACUCGGAUUGAGUGUCAGUCAGGGAUUCGUUUUUGAAAAUUCUUUGUAAUCAUAGUGAAUAUUCGUC